GAUAUUAAAUGGCAUUAUUAUCAACAACAAAAAAAUCAUUUUAAUAAGAGGUAUAGGGGUUGAAGUAUGGAGGGCUGAUAGAACAAAAUGCAUCAUUGCUUUUCGAGGCGUUAUCCCAUGAAAUUUGAUGAGAAACAACAACACAGGGAAACUAAUCAUUUUGUCGUUGAUGUUGUUUUAUCUUUCAGUUAUCUGAUGCUAUAAUAGAUUAGAAGCAUACGGGACUUACCAGACCCUUCAUCUUCACUACCCAGUACCUGACUUGGAAGUCUCCUUCACUGCAAUGCGUUUCAUCGACGACAGAGACCUAAGGCAGUGGGUCCAGGAGAACCUGCAACGAAAGCUGGUCCAACAGGCACACGAGCUUGCAGUGCAGACAGGGUGCGAAGUGCUUGUUCGGUUUCAAGAUGGACGGGAGUCUCCACAUUGCAAGUACUACGUCACAGACAGGAUGAAGCAUGACUACGUGAAUUACGGCGUCCGGGCUGACCCUGGUGACCUGCCGAUGUCAGGUGAAUCAGGAUUGCCCAAGAAGUAUGUCCACGACUUCACAUGCCAGGUGGCUUGUGAACCCACUGGCCCUAUCCCCUACGCACCGGAGCACACCGAAACACACGAGGCUGAAAUCAUUCGGGUACAACAGCAUCCCAAUAUAUCUGUGCAAGGUGUCCAUUGUAGUGAGGAGUGGCAAAGGCUGUACAGGGAGAGAUUGUGGACCCAGCAGACUUCGACGUCAUCCACGUCAAAAUUAGAAGCAGCCAUCCACUCAGAGGUUCAAAGGCGAUCGCCAGGCGCCAAUGGACAACGACCGUAUGUAUAUCCAGCAAGUGCGUUGAUUCAGUCGGAUGCGUCCGUACCUACUGCGACGGAGAGCCACAUCGUGUCACAUCUAGAUGACAACGAUGCUGCUCUACGAAAUCUGAAGCAGUUACACCUCAAAAGACUGAUGAGGCGUGAGAUAGAACAAGAGGCACGUACAAACGAAUUUCCUGGGCAGUCAAAGCCAGCGAAUGACCAUGAAUGUUUUCGGGUUCUCUCCUAUCUAGAAGAUAACGCUGAACAACGCGAGGAAUUGGUAUAUGUAUCUCAGCAAGAGAACCCCCUCUUGCACCACAGCCACCGCCACCGCCACCUCCACCACCACCAGAGCCAUGGCCACCACAACCACAACAAGAACUCCAAACACAGGAUGUCAGGACGAAUGGUCUCGGCUUUGAUCCCAAAACGUUACCUGUUGGAAGUACACAGCAACGUUACCUAUGUCGCAUUUGCGAACGCACGUUUUGUGAUAUCUACAACUUGGUCUCUCACGCGAAAAUGUUUCAUUCAAGAUUAUCCGAAUUGAUUUUCGCCUGCAACUCAUGCAAUUCAUCGUUUGAGGACGCUAGGUCUCUCCAUGCUCACCUGCAGACGCACGGUAAUAUGGGGUUCUUUGCUGGAGCUGCUUGCCAGUUAAGGAGUCAGAGCAAAGAUCGACAGAAUGUCGUACAACAACGUCGAUUCCCAUGUCCAGACUGCGGGAAAAUAUUCUCAAGGUUUGGCUUCAUGCAAAGUCACAUUGAGCGUGUUCAUGGUGGCACCAGGAUCGCGGCGUCAAUGGACACCACUGCCCUCUCCAAGGAUACCUCUUUUCUUUCUAAAGAUUCCAUGGUAUCUCCUAAAGGACAUAAUGGAGGCAACCCAGUUGAAGAUAUCAUUGUAGUCAGAAAUUCAUCAGAAAAUUUGUAUCGUUGUAUGGAUUGUGAGGAGAGUUUUGACAGAGCCGAAAUCCUCCAGCAACAUAUCAAGGAGUCCCAUCUCAUUCUGAAGACCAGUUCAGCACCCCCUUCGUUUACAGAAGAUGAUGAGCCUCCAGUUCAGCGGAUGAGGUCCAAGUCAGAGGAUGUAACAUUCGUUGGAAAAGAGAUCUACACAUGUCAAGAAUGUGGCAAACAGUUCCCUAGAGGAAAGCUGCUGCAGAACCAUGUCAACAAAUACCACAUUUCAGCCGACCCCGCCGCGGUGGCAAGCCACCGAGAGGAACAGCACGAAAUCGAUCGGGCAGCCUUCGUCCAACCCGAACAGCAGUACAACAAUAAUGUGGCGAAUUCCUCAGUUUCCGUCGUAAAGAAAGAACCCAAUCAAGAAAUACUAGAUUUGAGCACCGGGAACUCGACCAGGAACUCCAGCCUGACUUUGUCAGAUGAUUCUAGCGAUAUGCCACCAGACUACCCCGUUAGCAGUCCUGACACACCGGGGAACGAGGCCAAACAGAUGGAGGACCAAGAAAUGGCUCAUGAAAAUGAUGAAGGGUUUCGACGAAGGCGAUUCGCUUGUGAUGUCUGUGGAAAGACCUACAAGUACGGCUUCCAUAUGAAAGAACAUCGAUUGACCCAUGCGGCGGUGUGUCCGUUCGUUUGUCGCAUCUGCGGCAUGGGUUUCUUUAGACAGAGACAGCUGAGGGACCAUGAACUGAGACAUACAGGAGCUUAUCCGUGUCGCUGUGAUAUCUGUGGCAAAGGGUUCCCUCGGACAUCAGAACUAAAGAGACAUUUAGCGUUCCGGCAUAACAGUCAUCUCGAUAUAUUUGUUAGACGAAAGUCAACGCCUUCACGGAAUGGGGAACAAACAUAGUGUAUAAACUGUAAUAGUUCGUAUAAUAGUGAAAUACUUGGCAGUGUAAGAGCUUUACCUACAUCGUGGUCAUUAUUUGGCGCGUUUGUAUAGAAUGUAAAAAUGAGCUGGCCAAGCCGGAGAGGUACACAAAACCCUGGUUGUUAUGAUAUUUAUCUCAUGUACGAGUACAUAUUCAUUGUUUAAUUUUAUAUAGUUGUUGCCGUCAAAAUCUUUACGUUGUUCAAUAGGAUUAGAAAGAGUAUCAUGUUUCUUGUUGGUUGUGUACAAUGAAAUAAUGCACUCCUAAACAAUUCUGUUUCCUUUUUGCCUUUACAUGUUUCGUUUAGUGACAGUUUUUUUUUUGGGUGGUAGUAUUCUUAGCUGGCUUAACUUGGUCGCUUUUCGAGAGUAAAUGAACCACUUGUAUUUUUAUUAGUUGUUACGCAUUAGGCAAGAUAGAUGAGUUGUUUAAUCAUGCUGCAAAUAAAUUGUAAAGUACAAUGUAUUAUGAUAUCUUUCUAAGCCACCCUGCCAGAGGGAGUAGAUGAAUUCGAUUAAAGGCCCACUACACUACUUGUAGCUACUUGCGCCCUCUAUAUAACAAA